GCCUUUCAGAGAGCGGCGACCGCAUGCUUCCAAUCUUUGUCACCCAGUCAGGCUUCCUCGCGGCAGGGCAAUUGGCGGUUGACUGGGCUCGAGACCUCGCCAACGUGGCGGCGGAGGCUGGCCAGCUGGCGGCGGCGGCGGACCAGUUCAGGGGCGCGCGGUCGCUCCUCCUGCUGGUCUUCAGCAUAGGCACGCCGGUGGGCUGUUCGGCUGCGCGAUGUGCACACUGGCGGGCAGCGCUGCCUGGCACGGCGCUGGUGCCGCGGGACGGAGCCUGCGCUCUGGUGCAGUGGCGGCCGCGGGGGGACUACCAGGUACGUCUUCUGCGGCACUUCUCCGACGCCGCCGAGUACGGGCGCGAGCUCGAGACGCCUCCGACGAGUCCGAAUUGUCCAGCGUGGAUGGCAGUCUCCCCCGACGAGGACUGCGACUUCGAGUCCCGUGGCGCUGCGGCGCUGGAGGAGAAGGAGGCGACAGCGCUGUCACCGAGGCCCGAGGGCCUGACGGCGCGGGGUGGGACAGCGACUCCGCCUGAGGGCCGCGAGCACGGCUCGGGAAGGGCGCCCCCGGUGGGCAACCAGCGCUGGCUCAUCACGGCUAGCAAGGAAGACAGCGAUGAGCACGUGCUCGCCGACCUCGGGCGUUGCGAGCGGUACGCUAUGAGCGGAGGACUGGCCUUCGUUAAGGCGAGGGGGAAGUGCUACUCAGUGAAGGUGGUGACGGAGAAGGAGGUUGGGAGCUCGAUGCACGGCCGCGCGAUGCCUAUCGCGUACGGGCUCGAAGGCGCGAAGGGCCGGGUGUCCACGGAUGCGGCGUGUGGCAUGGCAAGGACAGCGUGGCCGGGAUGGCCAGGCAGGGGGUCGCGCACCGCGCGGUGGUGCGUCCGCUUCUUGUCGGAGCAGGACUCGCCUUGGCGGACCCGCCACAUCCAGUGGCGCGCGGAGUGCGGUCUCCGGCCGGGCAACGGCAACGUGCUGAACCGCGGGCUGGCGAGGCGGGUGCUGGAGCUCAGCGCGGGCGUCGACCAGCGCAGCCUGACCCCGCGGCCGCUGGUGGAGGUGGUGCGCCGCGCCCAGCUCGCGGAGUGGCGCUACCAAGAGUGGCCGCUGAAGAGCAGCGGCGACGAGUACCUGACGAGUGAGUACCUGUGCAUGAGGGAUUUGGAUACGAGGAGCGCGCUGAUGGUGUGCCUGACGUUCGUGGAGCACACAUUGGCGGCGCUCCCCGCGGGGGGGGCGCCCGUGAAGGAGAAGCGGGAACUUCACAAGGAGGGGGUGCUGUCGCGCGGCCAGAGCUCGGUCAGCGACAGCAGCAAGGCGCUGCAGGACGAGAUGGCAGCGCAGGCGGCGGAGAUCAGCAAGCUUCAGGCAGAGCGGGAAGGCCCCCAGACCGGCAAACCAGACGCCGGCGGGGCCAUGGGGCGAUGGCUCAUGGUGGUCGCUCGAGAGCUGCUGCCGUGCCCUGUGCCCGCGCCCGGCCGUGCCUGGGGCGGCAGGGGAUGUCGGGCGGUGCGCUCUCGAGCUCGGCAGCGUCAGCACGCUGCGCGGUGGCUCUCAGAGGCUUUGCACGCUACCAAAUCAUUGUACGGACAUGGACUUCCAUGUCAGGAUCUUCAGGCUUCGCGUGCUCAACGCGCGGGCAUUGACCACGUCCGCGAGAUCAUUCAGGAGGCGGGUCUUCCACCUUUUUCAGGAGCGGCAGCUCGCGCCGAGCUGUGCUCACACCUGCCGGGUUAUGCAGAAGACACCGUGCGCCGAUCCUCUUACUCCGAAGGGCUGGUCUCCCUGCCGACCAUGGGCGGCCAGCGCGUUGGCGCUGACUGCUUGACUGGUCGUGCUCUCGAGCUGUGGGUAGGAUGGCAGAAGCAUCUUCUACGCGAAGGGGGGCCACCUGACGGACCUCGACUUCGCCCUUUCUCCGAUCCGAAAUUAGUGCAUUGCAAGAAGACGUGCGCUCGCUUCGUGGCGGAGCUGCUCGUCAGGGGCCUGAUCGACCUCGGCGGGCGGACCGAGGCAACGGUGGGCAUCUUCUUCGUUUUCAAGAGCGACAUGCGGCCCCUCCGCAUGAUUGCGGACACGCGGGUGGCGAAGAUGCGGUUUCGCCCUCCUGCGCAUUCUGAGCUCCCGACAGCGGGGGCUUGGAGCAGCUUGACUGCGCCGGAGGGGGGGGCCCUCCACUUGGCCCAGAUGGACGUGGACAACGCGUUUUACAGGGUCGCCACGCCGCCCGGGCUUCGCGACUAUUUCGUGCUUCCCGCGGUCGACCUCGACGUGCUGCGGGCCGAGCGGCCCGACUUGUCCGCCCAGCUGCCGGCUUGGCGGAAGGCGUCGCCGCGGCUGGCCGUCUUGGCCAUGGGCUGGAACUGGAGUCUCUUCUUCUGCCAGCAGGUGGUGGAGACGCAGGGGCCCGCCGCGGCAGUCUACGUCGGCGGGGCCGCCGUCAUCGGUCUCGACUACGCGGAGACCAUGACGACGGCGCAGCGGGCGCGAGAGUCGCUGGAGGCGGUCGGCCUGAGAUGCAAGGGGCUGGAGGGCCCGUGCGCGGAGGCCACCUUCACGGGCCUGGCGUUCGACGAGGCGAGGGGCCGCGUCGGGCUCAGUCGCCGGCGCAUGUGGCGCAUCCGCCUGAGCUUGCUGCACGUUGCCGACCGCGGGUCGGCCACUGGCGACGAGAUGCGGGUGCUCGUCGGCCACUUCACUUGGGGUGCGCUGGUGCGCCGCGAGCUGCUGUCGAUUUUCUCGGCGACCUACCGUUUCGCGUCCUGGGCUGGUGGGCGCCGGCGCCGCUUGUGGAGCGCCGCGGGGGCCGAGCUCCGCAUCGCCGCCGCGCUCGUCGUGUUCAGCUACGUGGACUGCCGCCGCCAGCCCGACCCUGGGUUUGGCGUGGCGGGCCGCGCCUGGGACCCGCAUGACGUCGGCCGGGCGUGCUCGCAGGCAGAGCGGUGGCGCUACCGCGUGUCAGAGGCGGUGGCGGCUCGGACGCACGCCCUCGGGCUUUCGGAGCGCCUGCGCGCCGCCGAUCGCCUUCCGCCGCACGUGGGUGCCGACAAAAAUCCGAGUGUGUGCAGCCACGAGUCUUGCGGUUCGGCCAAGUCUACACCUCUGGCGAGGACCCGGCCCCCCGUCUCGGAGUUCGAGCGGACGUUCGGGGACAUGUACUCGGGGACCGUCUCGUUCGAGCAGAUCACUUCGGAACACGUCGGCCCUCUCGAGUCGUGGCAGCUCCGGGUCAAGGGCAGGUUCAGCAGAGCCGAGAACAUAAUCCGUCUUGAAGGGCACGGGGUCGUCAUCGGCAUUCGGCAUCAUCUUCGGGUGGCCUCUCGUCGCGGGCGCGAGCUGCUCGUGCUGCGCGACAACCUGGGCCUCGCGCUGGCCCUUGGGAAGGGCCGGGCGGCCGCCCCCCGCGUGAGCAAGACAUGCCGCGAGGCUGCCGCGCUAAGCAUCUCCGGGGACAUGGCGGUCACCGUUCGGUGGAUCCCUUCGGAGCCCAACCCAGCAGAUCGACCCUCUCGCACGGCUGGCGCCUCGGCUCGAGGUCCGCGGGCGGACCCUCGCAGCGCUUGCUUCGACCCCGCAGCGGCACCGCAGGGCGAUGCGCAGACUGCGCUGGUCGCGGCGGUGGACGAGGCGCUCCUGUGUGGCGAGCUCGACGGGCUGGGGCGGCCGCUGGUGGGCGUGGCGGGUCUGGGGGACACCCUCCUGGACGACCCGCUGCCCGGCGGCGCGGCGCGCCAGCGCGCUGAAGCGGCAGCCGGCGGCGACGCGCUGAACGGGGAGCCCAGCACCCGUGAGCUUGCAGCCUGGCAAGGCUGCCCAGCUCAAGAGGCCGAGAGUAGUUCAAGUUCAGGCGAGGGUUCUGACGGCAUCGAGGCCAACGACCCCUACGACCCCGAGAGCGACGCGCCGGCAGGGGUGGCCGGGCGGAUCGGCUGCCGGGCCACCUGCCGCCGCCCCGCGGCGGCGCUCGCGGCGCCCUCCAGGCUGCCCGGCAGCCGCCGCUCGCAGAGCUUCUCGGACAGCAGGCGCGUGAUGGACCAGAGCCACGACACGCUGAGCCCCGAGGCGGGGGCGUUCAGGGCCGGGUGCCUGGAGCUGCGGAAGGACGCGAGCUCGAGGUCGAUGCUCGACGAGACGCUCGAGGAGUACCUGGACUGCCUCUACUCCGACGGCUACAACCACGAGCGGGGCGACAGCCUUCUGGCAGGCCUGGCGCUCGAUGAGCUGAGGUUCAGGCGCGGCGGCGCGAGGGAUCCUGCUCGGGCCCUCGCUGCCCUCCUGGGCUUCCGCCGCCUGGCGCCUGGGCAGGCCAGGGCGGCGCGGCCGCGGGCCAAGCUGGCUGCGCUGCUGGGAGCUGGAGUCGUCGCGAUGGGGGUAGUCCUCGGGAUCAGCCUGGCGUUUGCGGGGGACGGAGGGCGGCGGCUGCCAAGCCACGGCAUGAGCCGGCAGGGCCGGUCGUGCGUUCGGUCCCCGCCAGGCUUCGGAGUUCAGAACUGGGCCCUGCUGGUGCACACCGCCAAGGCCGACGGCCGGAGCAAGGCGGGCCGCAAGGACGUGGGGCUGCUGCUCGACGGGGUCUUCACAGAGGGCAUAGAUUUCCAGCUCGGGCUGCUAAAGAGAGCGGCAGGGUACGCCGCCAGCCUGCGGGCGUUCACGGCCGCGGAGUUCAGGGAGGGGUUCAGUCGAGCGGCCGCCAUGAUCGGUCGGCCAGCCCCACAACCGCACCAGGUGAGGCAGGGAGCGAUCGACGACGACGCGCUGUACCAGAAGCGGCCGUUGGGCGACAGCCGCGCGGCGCUGCUGCCGCCGUGCGACCGA